AUGUACACCCCAGACACGGCCGUGCUCGGCAAACACCCCUCCUUUGCUUCACACCCCUCCUCUGCUUCUCACCCCUCCUCUGCUUCACAUCCCUCCUCUGCUCCACACCCCUCCUCUGCUUCACACCCCUUCUCUUCUUCACACCCCUUCUCUUCUUCACACCCCUUCUCUGCUUCACACCCCUUCUCUGCUUCACACCCCUCCUCUGCUUCACACCCCUUCUCUGCUUCACACCCCUCCUCUGCUUCACACCCCUCCUCUGCUUCACACCCCUCCUCUGCUUUGCACCCCUCCUCUGCUUCACACCCCCUCCUCUGCUUCACACCCCCUCCUCUGCUUCACACCCCCUCUCUGCUUCACACCCCCUCUCUGCUUCACACCCCUUCUCUGCUUCACACCCCUUCUCUGCUUCACACCCCUUCUCUGCUUCACACCCCUUCUCUGCUUCACACCCCUUCUCUGCUUCACACCCCCUUCUCUGCUUCACACCCCCUUCUCUGCUUCACACCCCCUUCUCUGCUUCACACCCCCUUCUCUGCUUCACACCCCCUUCUCUGCUUCACACCCCCUUCUCUGCUUCACACCCCCUUCUCUGCUUCACACCCCUUCUCUGCUUCACACCCCCUUCUCUGCUUCACACCCCCUUCUCUGCUUCACACCCCCUCUCUGCUUCACACCCCCUCUCUGCUUCACACCCCCUCUCUGCUUCACACCCCCUCUCUGCUUCACACCCCUCCUCUGCUUCACACCCCUCCUCUGCUUCACACCCCCUCUCUGCUUCACACCCUCUCUGCUUCACACUCCUCUCUGCUUCACACCCCUCCUCUGCUGCUUCACCCCUUCUCUGCUGCUUCACCCCUUCUCUGCUGCUUCACCCCUUCUCUGCUGUUCACCCCUUCUCUGCUGCUUCACCCCUUCUCUGCUGCUUCACCCCUUCUCUGCUGCUUCACCCCUUCUCUGCUGCUUCACCCCUUCUCUGCUGCUUCACCCCUUCUCUGCUGCUUCACCCCUUCUCUGCUGCUUCACCCCUUCUCUGCUGCUUCACCCCUUCUCUGCUGCUUCACCCCUUCUCUGUUGCUUCACCCCUUCUCUGCUGCUUCACCCCUUCUCUGCUGCUUCACCCCUUCUCCCCUUGGCAGCAGCCCUUAG